CUUAUCUUUAGCUUUGAUCAAUGAAGAACCGAUUCCAAUAUCGGAUGAGAAAUAUGCAGAAGAAUUACACCUUCAAGAAGCUCUUUACUCAUCUUCAUCAAAUCCUUCAACUCAAGAAAAUCCCCUUUUUAAAAUCCCAAAAACAGAGGAUGUUCUUUACUCAUUUUCAUCACUUCCUUCAAUUCAUGAAAAUUUCCUGUUUAAAAUCCCAAAAACAGAGGAUGAAGAACAGAGCAUUUUAGAAAACAGAGAAAGAGGUGAAUCAUCUGAAACUAAGCUCGUUUUCUGUGGAAUUUGUAUGGAUUACAAACCAAAGACAGAAAUUUUCAAUGGUUUAAACAUUUGCAAUCAUAAAUUUUGCACUGAUUGUAUAAUCAAAUACGUGGCGUCGAAGAUUAGGGAAAAUCAUGAAAUGGUGAAUUGUCCUGAUCCUAAAUGUAAUCAAGCAAUAGAACCAGAAAAUUGCAGUGCAAUUUUACCUAAAGAAGUGUUUGUAAGGUGGGAAAAUGUUUUAUUUGAAGUAAUGAUUCCUGGGGGGCAGAAAUUUUACUGUCCAUAUAAAAAUUGCUCUGUUUUAAUGGUGGAUGAUGGUGGGGUGGAGGUGAGGGAAUCGGAGUGUCCGAGUUGCCGGAGAUUGUUUUGUGCACGGUGUCAAGUGCCGUGGCACGACGGCUUAAGCUGCGAAGAGUUUCUUGAGCUGGGGAAAGAUGAGAGGGAGAGAGAGGAUAUAAUGGUGAUGAAGCUUGCUAAGGAUAAGUCAUGGAAGAGAUGCCCUAAUUGUAAGAUUUUUGUUGAGAGGAGUGAUGGUUGUGUUCAUAUGACUUGCAGGUGUCACUAUGAAUUUUGCUAUCAAUGUGGAGAUAAGUGGAGUAGUACCCAUGUUCAUGCAUAAUGAGGAGGAAUAAGACUAUCUGUGAACUCUAAUUUCUACUACAGACACAGUUUGAUUGGAGAAUCUAAGUUCUAUUUCCAAAUUUUCAAGAGUUGUUUAACAUUUGAUAUACUCAUUUAGUCUUGAAAAUUACUUUUCUAUGCAACUUUAUGUAGUA